GAGUGCCACUAGCACCAAUGAGAAAAAUACUGGUGCAGCAGAAUCUGGAAAAAGAAAAGCAGGAAUGUAAAAAAAAUAGAGAACAACAAAAAAUAGCAGCAAAAAUUAAUUGGAAAAAAAAGGGGUUCGUCCACUUUCACCAAAGUAAAAGUGAACAACUAAAAAACCUCCUUCCACAUGAUAUUUCAGAGUGUCAAGCUCUAAAUGACAUAAAAAAAAUUGUGGCCAAAAGUGGGUACUACAGCGAUGAGAUAUCAGAAACGGAUGAUGAACUUGCCGAUGAUGAAAGAAGGAAAAAGAUUCAACAUCCUCUUGAUGAUGACCUCAAUAAUCAUGUGGUGAAGAUAAUUUAUAUCUAUAUUGAUACCACUGAAAUGGAAUGGUGGGAAACUGAUAUCGAUGAUAACUCAACACCACCAGCUGGGGCUCCUAGCUGGUGUAUUUCAUGCAAUUACGUUCUUGCUAUUUCACUUGGUCCUGUUAUAAAUUCUCCUAGUGCUGGUGAUGAUUCUGAUAAUUAUUUAGAGUCUUGUGCUAUUGCCUCUAAUACACAUUUU